AUGUCUAUGAUCGCCCGCCGUACCGCCCUCCAGGCCACCCGCCUUCCUUUCCGGCAAUUCGCUACUCCAGCCCGUCGCACAUACGCCGAGGCCUCUGCCAACGAAACGGCCGAGAAGAAGGAUGUUUUGAAAAAGGGCGCAAAGAAAGAUCCUGAGCUUUACAUCCUCCUAACAAUCAUGACCGGAGCCUUUGCCCUCGCUGGCUGGCAUUUCUCCCGCAACCCUACUUCCUCGUCCUCGGAGAACCUUGUCGCCCGCGUCGAGCACUCCGAGCCGUGGAAGACUGGUGGUGAGGCGAGAUAUCAGUACCACCCAGGUGGUGACCCAAGCAAGGGAAAGAGGGACGCACCCAGUGCUUUGAACGAGGUCAUUAUUCCUGCGGUUAACUUACCAAAGGAAUUCCACGAGAAGUACAACAAGUGGGGCAAAGAGGGAUUCUAG